UCUUCAUGCCCCAAAGCCCACACCACUCUAGCAGAGGUCGCAUAGUUCCCCUUUCUCUCACCUCGAACACGAACAACAACAACAACAAUAAUAAACAAAACCAACCCUUCUUCUUCAACUUAUAGAGAGAGAAACACGACCCCAAUUGCUCCAGCCACGCUUCCAUACCCAACGCUGAGGGAACCCAUCUUCCAUGGCUGACAUUUCUUGCCCAACGUUAGGUUUUAGGGCAAAUUCGCCAUCGUUCCGUUGAACAAAGGGAAGCCCCCUUUUCCAAAACCCUAGGAGAGAAGAAUUUUGAGGUGGGACGGCCUUGAAUUGUGCCCUAGUUUCCAAUUUCGACGACCCUUUAGCGCGUUCAGAUGGGAAGUGAAGCUCGUAGAUUUUAAGGGUGGGAAUGCAUGGAUGCAACUCAGAAUCUGCUCUCCUUGUAAAUGCUGAGGUUGAUUCCAUGGGAGGUGUUGUUGACGGUGGAGUUGGUAUAGGUUUGAAAACCUCUCCGCGCCGAGCAGCAAUUCAGAAGGCUCAAGCAGAGCUCAGACAGGAGUUUGAUUUUCGUGAAGAAAGAAGAAGGGAGCUAGAAUUUCUUGAAAAAGGCGGGAAUCCUCUGGACUUUAAGUUAGGGAAUGCUGCUUCAGUUAGUGUUCAGUCCACAUCACUCACUGAUCAGCAUCAAGAGCAGUUUGUGACCAGUGAAGCAAAAGGUAGUUUUGUGUUGACUGCCUCCCCUCAUGGUGACUCUGUUGACAGUAGUGCUAGACCAGGGGCUCCUUCUCUCAGUGAACCAAACACUGCUGAUAACCUCUUACUUUUUGAUGGUGAGAAUGAGUUGCCUGAAGGUGAAAAAAGGUCUCUGCAUUCAAAAAAAAGGAAUAAUAUUGCUCCAUCAGAACAGUCUUCUCAAAUUGGUGGGAGUCAAAAUGCUAAGGAGAAUGAAGAUUCGGCUGUUGUCCGUCCAUAUUCUCGAAGGAGGUCCAGACCAAAUCAUGGUCCUCGGGGGGGUUCAAGGGAUGGGAAGGGAUUAAUAUCUGAUACAAACAAACAAAAGGACCACAAUGUGCCUUCUUUGUCUAAGCCAAAGCCUGCUAGUUUAAAUGGUGAGAUACUUAGUAAAGAACCGAUAUCUAAUAAUCUACUGGAUAAUGAAUUGGUUAGUUUCCGUACUCAUCAAACAGCUAGUGGCAGUGGUAGCAUUCCUGAAGACAAAUUAGAUAUUACCUUGAAUAGAAACUUCAAAGAAGGUCAAUGUAUUCUACCUUCUCAUGAUGAUACUGUAAAAAAACCACCUGUCUCGGCUUCUGGGGAAGCUAACGCGGUUGAAGAAAGGGACCCAGGAGCCUCAUGUGAUAUUGAGCCCUCACCUUGUGUAGCUACUACACAACCUGGAAAUGAAUCUUGUUCUGGUCAGCCAAAUGGGUUUGGCAAUAUUAAAGUAGACAGGAAAGGUGUACCAAAUGAAGGCAAUAGCAGUGCUGCAGUGGGCAUGAAGAAUUUUGACUCGGAGUCCUCCUGCACACAAACUAUUUUAGCUAGAGAUGUAAAUAACGAUAGUGAUAUGUGUACUAUUACAAAGAAUGUUGAUGCAAAUGGAAAUGCUAUGGAACAAACAUCAGAAUUUGAGAAGAAACUAUAUUUAACUGGCUGUGAAGUUGUAAAAGAAAAGAGUAAGAUCAACACUGGUGAAAGUGAUGGUACUGUUAACAAUGAACUUACUGCUGGUUAUCAAAAGCAUUCUGGUAGUGGUAGUAUGGUCAAAAUUGAGGAAGACAUCCAUACUAAUAGUUCUUGCAUGCAAAAUGUGGUGAAGGAUUCUUCCAAUAGUAAGGGACUGCAUCACAAUGACAGUACCAUAUCAAAAGCUGAUAAAGAGGAAAAUGUUGUCUUGGUGGAUCGUUCCAAUUCUAUCAGAGAAGACGGCGGUGAAAGGCUUCAAGUUCCUUCGGAUGUAUCACUUUCAGCAACUCUUCACACUGCUCUGGUUGAAAAGGUUACUACUGUUGCGUCUGACUGUCAACCAUGUUCUAUGCACCAGUUGAAGUUAGCAGACAAGGCUCAUGAAGAUUCUAUUUUAGAAGAGGCUCGAAUUAUUGAGGUCAAGCGGAAGAGGAUUGCACAAUUAUCUGUUCGCACGUUACCAACACAGAUCCACCAAAUGUCUCAUUGGGGUUUUGUCCUUGAGGAAAUGGCAUGGUUGGCAAAUGAUUUUGCACAGGAGCGUCUAUGGAAGAUAACUGCUGCUGCAAAAUUGUGUCAUCAGGCAUCUUUUACUUCUCGGUUAAGAUUUGAAAAACAAAACAAGCAUUUAGGGAUGAAAAUUUUGUCUCACAACAUGGCAAAGGCUGUCAUGCAGUUUUGGCAUUCUGUUGAGCUUCUUCUUGACAAUGAUGUUCCUGACCGUAACUGCAUUGGUGGUUCAGUUGAAUCCGGGAAAGUUGUUUCAAUUGAAGCUUCUGGGGACAUGAGGAGAAAUUUUGAUAUGGAGUCAAGCAAAUAUUUGGAGGGACAAAAUCCCAGAGAAAAGGCGGCACUUAAAGUGCGUAUGUAUGCUUUGAGGUUCUUAAAGGAUAGUAGAUCUCAUGGAAUUUCCUCUCAAGCAGAUGGACCGACAACACCUGAGAAGAUAUCUGACUCUGGCACUGUUGACAUGUCAUGGGAGGAUCAUCUUACAGAAGAAAGUCUCUUCUAUACAGUUCCUCCUACUGCCAUGGAUGCAUACAGAAAAUCUGUUGAAUCUCAUUUCCUACAGUGUGAGAAAACUGGUAGUAGCAUUCAAGAGGAAGUUGAAACAUCUAUGUAUGAUACUGCAGCAGAGUUUGGGUCUGAAGAGAUUGCAUACGAUGAGGAUGAAGGAGAAACCAGCACUUAUCGUUUGCCUGGUGUCUAUGAGGGUAGCAGAUCAUCAAAAUCUGUACACAAGAAACACAAAAACAGGAUAAAGUCUUACACUCAUAGGUCUAGUGAAGUUGGAACUGAUUUGCCUUACUCACACUAUUCAAGUGGAACUCAGCCAUCCAUGCUACUUGGAAAAAGGCCUGCUAGUCUAAAUGUUGGGACAAUACCAACAAAACGCAUGCGUACUGCUUCUAGGCAUAAUAGAGUUGUGAGUCCUUUUGCAGUUGUCACUGGGGCAGUACAGGUUCAAGCUAAGACAGAUGCUUCGAGCGGGGAUACCAAUUCCUUUCAGGAUGACGAGAGUCCUUUACAUGUUGGAUCACAGAUCCAGAAAAGUGUGGAGGUUGAGUCAGUUGGAGAUUUUGAAAAGCAGUUACCUUAUGACUGUGGAGAAACAUCAGUUAAAACAAAGAAGAAGAAGCCCAAGACUCUGGGUUCUGCAUAUGAUCAGGGAUGGCAGUUGGAUUCUGUUGUUCCAAGUGAACAGAGGGAUCAUUACAAGAAGAGAUUGGAUAGUCACCACUUUGAAUCCAAUGGAAGUGGUGGUCUGUAUGGGCAUCAUAAUGUGAAGAAGCCAAAGACAAUGAAGCAAUCACUUGAUGCUUUUGACAAUAUUACUCCAAUAACUAAUUCUAUUCCCUCCCCAGCUGCUUCGCAAAUGAGUAACAUGCCCAAUCCAAGCAAAUUUAUUAGAAUCAUUAGUGGGCGAGAUAGGGGCAGGAAAACCAAAUCCCUGAAGAUUUCUGCUGGGCAGCCUGGUUCUGGAAGCCCCUGGUCACUUUUUGAAGAGCAGGCUCUAGUUGUCCUGGUUCAUGAUAUGGGUCCAAACUGGGAGCUUGUAAGUGAUGCUAUCAACAGUUCUCUACAAUUCAAGUGUAUAUUUCGGAAGCCAAAAGAAUGCAAGGAGCGUCACAAGUUUUUAAUGGACAGAAAUGCUGGGGAUGGUGCGGAUAGUGCUGAAGAUUCAGGGUCCUCUCAGUCUUAUCCAUCUACACUACCAGGAAUUCCAAAGGGUAGUGCCAGGCAGUUGUUUCAACGUUUGCAAGGGCCAAUGGAGGAGGAUACCCUGAAGUCUCAUUUUGAUAUAAUUAUCAAGAUUGGGCACAAGCAACGUUACCGCAAGAAUCAGAAGGAUAACCAUGAUUUAAAACAUUUAGCACCUGUCCAUAGUUCGCAUAAUGCUGCUCUUUCCCAAGUCGUUCCAAACAACUUGAAUGGAGUUGUUUUGACGCCGCUUGAUUUUUGUGAUACAAAUGGAACAAGCCCGGAUGUUCUAUCCCUUGGGUAUCAAGGUUCUCAUGGUGGUGGUUUAGCAUUAUCAAAUCAUGGUUCUUUAGCGUCAGUACUUCCUUCAUCAGGGCUCAAUCCUUCAAUUCCACCGUCUUCUGGUAUGGGUCUUGGCAACAGCUUGUCAUCACCGUCUGGUCCAAUGGCAGCCUCUGUCAGGGAUAGUAGAUAUGGAGUUCCUAGAACUUCACCUUUAUCAGUUGAUGAACAGCAGAGAAUGCAACAAUAUAAUCAAAUGAUAUCUGGCAGAAACAUGCAGCAGUCUAGCAUGCCUGUUCCUGGAUGUCAUUCGGGAAGUGAUCGUGGUGUUCGCAUGCUGCCUGGGGGAAAUGGUAUGGGCAUGAUGAGUGGUAUUAACAGGGGCAUUGCAAUGUCAAGACCAGGUUUUCAAGGAAUGGCAUCAUCAUCUAUGCUCAGUUCUGGGGGCAUGCUUUCUUCUAGUAUGGCGGGGAUGUCAAGUCCAGUAAGUAUGCACCCUGGAGUUGGUGCUGGACAAGGCAACUCAAUGUUGAGACCUCGUGAGACUGUACAUAUGAUGAGGCCUGGCCAUAAUCAAGAACAUCAAAGGCAAAUGAUAGUUCCGGAACUUCCGAUGCAGGUCACUCAAGGGAACAACCAAGGCAUUCCUUCUUUUAGUGGGAUGAGUUCUGCCUUCAAUAAUCAGACAACUCCACCACCUGUUCAGCCAUACCCAGGGCAAGCCCAUGCCCAGCAGCCAAAUCAACUCUCCCAUCAACAGUCCCAUCUCGGCAAUCCCCAUCCUCAUCUUCAAGGUCCGAAUCAUGCUACAAAUUCACAGCAAGCUUAUGCAAUCCGAUUGGCUAAGGAAAGGCAACAGCAGCGAUAUCUGCAGCACCAGCACCAACAACAACAGCAACAGCUUGCCGUGUCAAAUGCAUUGGUUCCACAUGUUCAGGCACAAUCACAACUCCCCAUAUCAUCACCUCUGCAAAAUAGUUCCCAGGCACAACCGCAAAAUUCACCUCAGCAAGUAUCUCUUCCCCCUGUAACACCAUCAUCCCCUUUGAAUCCAGUGUCAUCUCAGCACCAACAGCAGAAACAUCACCUGCCACAACAUGGGUUCAGCAGGAAUCCAGGUGCUAGUGGGCUGACUAAUCAAGCAGUGAAGCAACGACAACGACAGCCACAGCAGCGUCAGUAUCAACAGCCUGGUAGGCAGCAUCCUAAUCAGCCGCAGAAUGCACAGUCUCAACAGCAGGCUAAGCUUGUGAAGGGAAUAGGAAGAGGAAACAUGUUGAUCCAUCAGAACAACUCUGUGGAUCCUUCUCAUCUGAAUGGGUUAUCUGUACCUCCAGGAAGCCAAACUGUUGAGAAAGGGGACCAAAUCAUUCACAUGAUGCAGGGCCAAAACUUAUAUCCCGGAACUGGUUUAAAUCCAAAUCAAACAUCCAAGCCGUUGGGUCCUGCUCAUUCUUCAAAUCAUUCCCAGUUGCAGCAGAAGCUACAGACUGAUCCAACAAACAAUUCAUCAAAGCAACUUCAGCCAGUGGUAUCGCCUUCUGACAGUAGCAUUCAAGGACAUGUUUCAUUGGUUACUUCAGGUCAUAUAAUGUCACCUUCACAAGCAGCUGUUGGUGCUUCUAACCAACAUCAACUGCAGCUGCAAUCUCAGCCACAGUCUAAGCAAAUUAAUCGAACUCAAUCUAAUGUUCAGAGAAUGUUGCCACAAAACUGUCAGGUGCAUUCUGGAUUAUCAAGCUUGUCACACUCUGAUUCACCUAAAGUUGAUCCACAGCCUGCAAACAGUGCUUCUCAAGUCAGUACAAGCACUGCAAUGCCUCAGGGUUGUAUGGGUUUGGGUAGUGCGCCAAAUGUUGUUCCUACUGUGUCUUCUCAGUGGAAAACAUCAGAACCACCAUUUGAUUCCAAUAUACCCAAUCCAGUUACUCAAGCAUGCUCUUUGGGGAGCACACCUGUUGGAAAUUCAGCUGGAAAUGAGGCACCAAUUAUUACUCAAGGGAUGGGCCCACGACAGUUAUCAGCUAGCUUGCCUUCACAUGCACAUAAUUCUGGGGCGCAGUGGCAGCAGCAGCCACUGCCUCUUCAACAACAGUCUUCAUCACAACCCAGCAUAUCUCAACAGUCAUACCAGACACCAGAACAACAGCAGCAGCAGCAACAGGAGCAGGAACAGCAUUCUCCCAAAGACGUGGCUUUGCAGCAUCAAUCCCAGCAACAAAUUCAAAAUGUACAACCAGGGCAGAACAAUUUGCUUAUUCGUCCACCUAAUUCUAAAGUGGAAUGAUGACUUCUAAUGGAUGGAGCAGUUGUGAGUGUGCUCGGUUCUAUCAGGAUUGGAAUUUAUAUGCCCUUUUGUCAGCAGUGUACAGACGAAGCUGGUCACAUUCAUGAGGGCAUUGGAAUACGGAGCCAGGUAUCCAUUGUUAUCUGCAGGUACUGUUAAAAGAUUAACAAAAAUUACAUUGGUAGGCAUCAAUUCUUAACUUUAUUCUUGUUCCAAAAAUCUUGUAUAUUACCACUGCUCUUAGAGGGUUUUCUCCCAUUUUCCUUUUUGGGAAGAGACGAAUAUAGAGUUAUGUGUACAGGGUCGUCUCUUCUUUGUCUUGUUCUUUCUGCCCGUGUGCAGAGGAACACUUUUCUUUUUGUUCUACUAGAUUAGUGAAUGUAUUUUUACCCUGUUAGAUGAUUGGGAUAGCUAUCAUUUUAAUGAGCAAAAGCCAAUUCAAAGUUUUGUGAAUACGAGUUCUGAUGUAUGAACCGGCCAAUGGUGUGUUUAUUAUGUCGGCACCACCAUCUGCAAUUGUUGAAAUACUUUAAUAUUGCAAGUUCGUAACCAAUUUUAAGUUUCUGAAGUGCAACUAGUCAGAGCUUAUCUUAUUUCCUUGUGUAUCAAGAAGCAGUAUAAUUUUU